CCAGUCUAUACACAACCUCUGUGCUUUUGAUGCGCAUUCUAGCAGAUCUGACGAUGCCGGUGUCGGGAAUAUAUUGAUAGCUAAGACGUCUGAUGCAAACAAGUGUGGAUUGGAUGGCCAAUAUUCAUUCAAUGUAGCAAGUAAAGAUGGCGUUGCUGUACCAGAACCAACUUGUUCAGGAAUCAUCUCGGACUGGGAUUCGGCAAAUUGUUCUAGCAAAACAAAGUUAGAUCUUUACCUUGAUCUUGAAAAAUGCCCCAGAAUGAUAGCUUUACAAUCGUUUACCUGUCGGUUGGAAUUAAAGUACAAACAUGGAGUCAAAGUAAUUAUUACACAGAAGGAUUAUAGAUCAUCGUCUCUUACAUGCUGGAUAUUACUUGGUGAUGGUGGUGAAAACAAGGAAUUAAGAAGUAUUCACAAACUACCUUGCACGAGACUAAAGGAACUAAGUCUUACUAGAAAGGCAUUAGUUAAUACAGAGGAUUUAUCCUCACUUAUUCUUGAUGUACGGAAUAGUGGCGAUGAGAAUGGAUGUGGUAGCGGUAUUCAACGAGCACCCCCGGACAAUCAUUCCAAAGUUGAUAAAGGUCACCAGCGAAAUCCGAUCUACAAACCUCCAAAAAGUAGUAUUAGCGCAAUUAAGAAACCAACAAGUAGUGUGACCACACUAAACAAUCAUUCUUAUAGCUCAAUAUUAAUUAUUCUGACAUUAUUCAAUGUAGCAUAUUCAUUAUUCCGACAAAUACGGAUGACAUAGGGCAUAUUGAAGUAAAAAAUGCAAACCUGGCAAUCUUGACUCUUGUAAAUAUAUCUGUAAAUAGAUGGCGUGACUGUAGAUAGUUAUCAUAGCAUUGUAUAGAAUAUACUGUUACGAAGACGUUAAAAGGCUAAAGUUGGACAAAUAUGCAGUUUGUCAAAGAGAAUGGAACAUAUUUCACUUUAUAAGUGGACAGUUUUGAAACGUGAAAAUGUUCAGUGUUGCCUUUACUGAGUUUAACCUAUUGAAUACCAAGAUCGAGUACUCCUGACAAAUAUUGUCUCAACAAAGAAUAGUUUGAGCUCAUAUCAUUCCUUGUCAUUUC